AUGGCGGAGUCGCUGUCCUCCUGGCACAACAUACGAAGCAGCGGGCAUGCGCAGGUACAGAACGGUCACAUCUAUGGCGAUGUGCAUAACACCUUCUACGAUAGUUACAAGUCACUGGCUGAGCGACUUCUGGACAGUCUGAGCUUUUCUGGAAUGUACCGCUACCAAGAAAGGCCACUCGAGAGCCGCAAGGGAACAUAUGAGUGGUUGUUUGACGAUCGCCGAGUCGUUACACAUUCAUGUGAGCACUGCGCUCACGUCAAACACGGCACAGAGUGUCGCGAGUGUUGGAGAGAGCUGCCGACGCUGUGCUACAAGGCCGUCCACCACGCCAAAUUCCUUGUCACAGAGGCUAGUAAGUUUCGCUCUUGGCUUGGAAACUCUCAGGACAUCUUUUGGAUCAGUGGCAAAGCUGGGGCCGGAAAGAGCUGCCUGAUGAAGUUUCUGCUUGAACACGAUUCCACAGCAGACCUGCUUCGUGAAUGGGCGGGUCAGCCAGUGACUGUCGCGGGUUUCUUUUUCUGGGCUGCUGGCGGUGACCUAGAAAAAUCCUACAUCGGGCUUUUACGCAGUUUACUGUAUCAAAUCCUGGAAUCUUUACCUCGGGUUCUCGGCAACUUCGUCCUUGGGAAGACCGUAUCGGACAUUGAGCAGCCAUGGAGUAUCAAACGACUGAACAAGGUUUUCAGUGAAGUCGUGGGGCAUCUCGCUACCUGUGAGAGAUUCAUUUUCUUUAUCGACGGGCUCGACGAAUUCAAGGGCGACAUCAUGGACCUGACGGCCGCCUUAAAUACAUUGAACGGGUCACCCAACAUCAAGCUCUGUGUUUCCAGUCGCCCAUGGAACGUCUUCGAAAAGGCGUAUGGCUCGAGACCAUGMAAGCAGCAUCUGCGACUCCACGAGAUCAAUGGGCCGGACAUUGACGCCUACGUUAGAGGACGACUGAUCGAGGACCUUGGCACGGAUGAGAGCUCAGAAAUAGUAUCAAGUCCCCAACACUAUCAACUUGUUACCGCAAUCAGAAACAGAUCGGAGGGCGUCUUUCUCUGGGUAUACCUGGUUGUCAAACGUCUUCGCGAAGCAUUCUCAGACUCCUGGAACGCCCCCGACAUGCUGGCGUUGCUGGACGAAACACCGGCGGAGCUUGCAGACCUGAUACAAGCCAUCUUCAAUAGCAUCCACCCUAUUCAGCGUCAAGCCGCCGCUCGCACAUUUUUAAUGAUGCUAGAAUGUGAGGAUGCUAGGUACUGCUAUCCUCAUCUCCUGUGGCUGUCACACUCCGACCGUAGCCGGAUUGGAGUCGUCCGAACCGGCAACUUGCCACCGUCAUACGUUGAUUUACACGAGAUGGUUGAUGAUGCUGACAGGUCAAUUCGAAAGUCCUGCAAGGACCUUGUAGACAUUGUUCGCGGGCGCGGUCAACUUGUAGGCCCGUCCAUUCCCGGCGAUUCGACCGAUUCCGUCGACGUUGUUGAUGGUCCAGACUAUGUCAACUUUCCGCACCGCACAAUUAGAGACUUCAUUGCGAAGCAGAAAGCCGACGGGAUCUUGCAACGACUUGCGGGCGAGGAUUUCUGUCCUGCUUUCGCCCUAUGCUCAUCCGUCACGCGAGUUGCAACAUUUCUACGAACACCGGGAGCCCUCCUGGAAAAGUCAUUGACUCUGACCAUACUGCUCAGCUCAGAAAUUCGUGCUAACAAGGAGGCACUGCUUGUAGAUAUGGCCAACAGUCUCAUGGAAUCAGGAGGGCUAUAUGUUCAAUGCACUCUAACAAACGGUCACUUCCUCAAAAGUUUGGGAUAUGCAAAUGCUGAAGACGUCCCAGAUUUGUCGGACGAAACGGCCAAGUUUGCAAUUUUCAUGGCUUUCAUUCUCUACAGGGGUGGCUUCAGACUCUUUCUGCUCAUGUUCGCUUCGACAUGUCAGCACCACAACUUGCAGUCGGUGCAACUUUGGCUAGGUGUGCUUCUGUCUCGACGUAACCAGCCUGAUGAUGUGGUCUUCGCGGCUCAACUGGUCGAAGCUUUGCCGAGGCUGCUUCAGCACGGUGCUGAUCUGAACGAGCCAAUCCGCAGGCAGGCUGGGACUUGCUCAGUUUGGCAGCAGUACUUGUAUGACCUCCACGCCCUUUCCCACGUCUAUCUCAUCGGGAUCAGGCCCAAUGUGGUUUCAAUACUACUCCAUUAUGGUGCGGAUCCAGACGUUGAUAUCAAUUCCGAAAAGCUGUACCGAUUUUUGGAACUCGAUGAGAGAACCAACCUUAUUCCACAAAACAUUCAGGAGCUUGAUGCUUCUUCUGGGACAGAUCUAUCACCAUCGAUGCUUGGCACCCAUGGAUCUUCGGAAUCAGACGGUAACAAAGUUGAGUCACGGCACGCCGGACGUCGCUGGGUGCCAGCGACGGCAGCGUUUGGAGUUCCUAGUCACAACGCCAAGUACCUUGCGUUGGAGCUCAAGUAUCGCCCGGCAGUCGAAGAGUUCUUCCCGAUAAUCAAAGCGCAGUUGGUCGCUGCAUCGGAAGAGAAGGCUCGAAAGCAGCGAAUCAAAAACGGAGAAGCRACAGAUGCAACAACCCGGAAGUGGUGGUGGUGGUAG